AAGGAAUCUACUCUUCAUUUGGUACUUCGUCUACGUGGUGGUAUGCAAAUCUUCGUUAAGACUCUGACUGGCAAGACUAUCACUUUAGAAGUUGAAUCCUCUGAUUCUAUCGACAAUGUUAAACAAAAGAUUCAAGAUAAGGAAGGGAUCCCACCUGAUCAACAACGACUUAUUUUUGCUGGAAAACAAUUAGAAGACGGACGUACAUUAUCAGAUUAUAAUAUUCAAAAGGAAUCUACUCUUCAUUUAGUAUUACGAUUACGAGGUGGUACCAAUGAUGAUAACAAGAUAAAUCAACAAUCAUCAUCAUCAUCAACACCUAAGACAAUAACAACUAGAAAACGCUGCGCAUUUGGUUCCUGUUCUGAUAAACCUGUCAAGAUCAUUGGUGAUUGCCGUUAUUGUGAAUCCAAGUUUUGUGCUCGACAUCGAUUACCUGAAGCUCAUGCUUGUGUGAAUCUGACUAGUUGUCGUCAAGCUGCUCAUGAAAGGAAUAGUAUGAAAUUACUUAGUGAACGAUGUGUAGCUAGCAAAGUAUAAAUAUUAGUCUUAGUUUCAUCAUCUCCCUUUUUUUUUUUUUUGUCAAUUUUUUUUUUUUUUUUUUAUA